AAAUUACUCCUUCUGGCUUCUCGGACGUGCACGCCUUCAUCAACGUGCGCGCUUACAUACAACCCUUCUCCUCCUCCUAGUCUCUCUCAACCCAACCCCUUGUUGGACGUGUGAUUUUCUCCGAGCGGGCUCUCAGGGGCCCCUCCUGUUUAUUCCCUGGUCAGAUCAGACAGAGAGAGAAACGAGAAGAGCUUCUAAAAGAAGGACGGAACAUAUUCUAAGGAGAUUGUAGAGAGCGAAUUGCGUGCAGCUGGAAAUCGAGAGACAACAGGGGAAACAAAAUCAGCUUCCAAAAUGAAUCCAUCUUGCGCCAGAUGUAACAAGAUUGUCUACCCGACUGAAAAAGUCAACUGCCUGGACAAGUUCUGGCAUAAAGCGUGUUUCCAGUGUGAAGUCUGCAAAAUGACUUUAAACAUGAAGAACUACAAAGGUUAUGAUAAGAAACCUUACUGCAAUGCGCACUACCCAAAGUCGUCAUUCACUGCUGUGGCAGAUACCCCAGAAAACCUACGCCUGAAAAAGCAGAGCAAGUUGCAGAGUCAAGUGCAAUACAAAGAAGAUUUUGAAAAGAACAAAGGGAAAGGAUUCAGCGCUGUGGCUAACACUCCUGAACUUGAGCGGAUCAAGAAGAAUCAAGAACUGGUCAGCAACAUUAAAUAUCAUGAAGAAUUUGAGAAAAGCAAAGGAACUAGUGCAGCGGCUAGUGAACGAAGGCCCUCGAAUGAUAUUCCUCAGUACAACGUCCAGCAUGAGAUGCAUCAAGGCUACCAGCAACGUCAGGAGCCCCAGACCCAAGAAUACACUCCACCUGCUGCACCUGGUGCUCCACCUCCCUCAACUGGGAAGCGUUACAGAGCUGUGUACGACUAUGUAGCAGCUGACGAUGAUGAGAUCUCCUUCCUAGAUGGCGAUUUAAUCGUUGAUGUACAACAGAUUGAUGAAGGAUGGAUGUAUGGUACCGUGGAGAGAACAGGCGACACUGGCAUGCUCCCAGCUAACUACGUCGAAGCCGUGUAAUGGAGCCCAAAUCAAAUACCUGCUUAUGCUUUGAUUAUAUAUAUUAUAAAUAAAAUAAAUUACCGUAUGGAUCCCAACAGUAACUUGACAAAAAUAUUAGGUAAAACAAAUGUAUUAAAUUGUGGUUCUGAUUAUAUAACAAAUUUUUUCAGUUUCUCUGAUCUUAGUAUUACUGGAAUACAGUCAAAAUUUUCUUUGGCUUGUCUAUCUCGAAGGAAAACUAGUCAUUUUUUGAAAGAUUUUCACUGCUCUGUGUUGUCCAACUCUCCCUUUUUUUUUUAGAAAGGUAACCUCACUCCUUCUAGAUCCUUAAUUUGAAAUUCUCAACUGGAUUAUUGUACUUGAUUAAUCUGGACAAUCUCAGAUUAUACCUUUUAGUCACAUGUAUUUUAGUUUCUCGAGAACAUUGUCCUGUAUUUGCAAAUUGCUUAAAUAACUCAAAUUGUGCAGGACCAAAAUACAGGGAGGCAGGAGGAAGAGUGUGAAUACUGUUUGUCAAAAAUUCUGUUCUGUUCUUCAGCUAUAAAGGCCAGAGAGAGAGAGAGAUUUGAUCAGUGACGGAUAGAACCCCCACCCACCCCAAUUCACGUGCACACCAUACCCACACACCCACCCACCCCACACACUUGUGCAAAGUGGAGACACACGCAUUGUGGGUGUAUACACUUACUUUCUCAUUCUCUCUACCCUCCCUCUCUCCAACUCUCACUCACACACACUCAGUGAGGCACACAGAUGAACAGUAAGACUGGAUGGUUUUUUUGUAUUCUAAAUGUCACCUUUCCCCCAAUAGCCUACAGAGAAUACACGAACAUUAUUUGACUAUGGGCGAAGUAUCACCAUAAACAGUUCAGUUAGUCAUGUAAGUCUUGUAAAACCAGGAAUGUCAAUGUAUUACCUUCCAUUAAUGCAGACUCUUUUGACUCAUGUAAAUUUUCAGCUGAGUGAAGCAAGCACUGAAACAGAGUGUCCCUGUGACCAUCAUUUUUCUCAAAAAUGUAAGUGAUGCAAUGGGCUGAGUCACUGACAUCAGAAGAUAAAUGCCCAGUGGAAUUGCAAAGGUGGAUGAAAUCCUACCUGCUGCCAUUCUUGCCCCAUUCCUAACCCAUCUGUACUAUUGUAGCAGUCCUUGCUACAUGCAAAGGUUGUGACCCAAUUGACUGUACGAGAUGAAUUUUAGAGCAGGGUAGUGGGUAGAGGAGUGAAGUGAGCUGAAAAUGUAUUUAAAUUUGAAAGUUUGGUAAGUGAGAGCAAAAUUCCCCACAAACCUGAGCAGGAGGAGGAUUAUUUUUUUCCCUGGCAAUGUGUUUGCAAGAUUAGUGACGUAACUGGUUGCUGCUCAGUCUAGAUCCAUUCAUUUCAAAACUGUGAAACCUGUAAACUCGGCAUAACUUGGGAAUAUUUUUAUCCCAUUUUAAAGCAGUUUGUGCCAUUGAAAUAAGAGAAAAACUCUUUUUUUUAAAAAAAAAAAGCUGGAGGUGGAAACAAUAUUAUACAACUUGAGGAGUGAUGUAAAGAGAAUGGUUACUUUUACUGGAAUUAAUACACAUUCCUUUUCUGAGUCAUUAUUGUGUUACAUGGCAAAAUGUGAGGCUUUAGUGAGACUGCGUCCAGUUUAAACCGGUCUGACACAGAAGGAAUUGCAUGACCAAUGUUUUGCUAUUCCUGUCAAGUUAAGUUGUGGUGAUAAUGGGAGGCUGUCUCCAAGCAACUCCCUCUAUCGUCUGUGUAACGAGUAUCCAGCGGUUAUUAGUCUGGGGUCUCUUUGUGCACAAUUUCCGUCUCUUAUUGAGAGACAUGAAGAGAGCAGUAACAGCUGACUGCACCCAUGUAAAUGCCUCUUAUGUGUUAUAUGAAUUUAUAUGUUACAAGCAAAUGCACCAGGAACCCUCUAUGAUACUGCAGUAUGUUUCUUAAAGAAGUGUCAUGUCAUUAAUUUAUGAGUUAGCUGUUUUGACUGCAGUUGUGCCAAUUAAUUGAUCGAUUCUUGCUGUCGGUGGUAAACAUGAUGUUGAUGGAUUAAUUAAAUCCCUUGGUGCAGAUUGUACUGUAUCAUCUAAAGUUUUGUCUAACAGCUCUCUGCUACUUUGUUCAUUAGGAAACUAUCCAACAUACUUUUCAAGAUCAUUGUAAAUCCCCAGACUGCUUUAAGAUGGGGAACUAGUGUAUUGAGACUGGUUACAGUAAAAUAAAAAUGAAACGGUUCUGCUUUACUGAAGAGAAUAUUGCAUUAACAGCCUUCGGUGAAGUGUCAGAAUUUAAUCUGGUCUGUGCAGCACUUAAACAGACAAACUGGGUAGAGAUGGGGAGGGGUUUUCGACUCUAGAAGCAGCAAAAAGCAAACAUUGGAACUCUGGCCUGAAAUGACCUAGGCUUGAAACAACUGGUUAACUGGUAAAGCUAGUGGGCCACAGAAGAUUUGUACAUUAGCACAAAUGUGUAGACGUUGCUGUGCCAACAUUAAUGACUCUCUUAACAUUCCAUGGUAUCAGUACAUUACCUGCUUAGUCUUAACAUGCUAUUUAAUUUGAAACUUGCUGUUGUUACCGCUAAUUAAUUGGUUAAAGAAAAUUGUGUUCGUUUACACAUCAUGCUUAUCAAGUUCUGCUUAGAGCUUUUGCUAAAGAUGUUAUUGAGUUACUCAUACCUGCAAAAAGACGGCAUCUGAAAUGACCUUUUGCUUUCUGGGUAGAUCUUUUUUAAAGACGAGGCUAAAUGCGAAGGGAACAACCAUGUUUUGAGCUGUGUUUCACUUGAUGUGUGUUGGUUUGUUCAAAAGGCUGGUUAGGAUGGAUAAGAGAGAGAGUAUUCUCUUGUGAUCUUCCCCAGCAGUGGUAUAUGUCUUGGCAGCCCAUCCUCCCUCCACAGAACAGCUUGCAAGAAAUGGGGUUUGUUCAGCAUGAAGGAACACCCUCUAUCUGUCUUCAAUUGCCUGGACUGAGAGGUUGCCAUUGAUUUGUGAGGCAUUCUGCAUCAUUGACCAAGUUCAGCAUUUUGAAAAUGAGUUGUGGCUAGAAUUUGGUUGGCUUGGAAAUUGAAUGAUGGAUGCAGGCAAUGAUUAAAAGGUGGUAUUACAGAUGUAUGUAUGUAAUUUCAUAAAAAUACUGGAUAUCUGUGAUUCAGAUUAAGCAUGUCUUUGCAUUUCUGAAUUCUUCAUUACCAUGCUUGCAAUUUUUAGGAAAAAAUGUAUUUUUGGCAUGAUUCUUACAUGACAGAUUGUCAAUAAACUAAAUGAUGGGAAAUAA